AUGUCGUCUUCGGCUGUUCACUUUCCCACGCCGUCGUGGCAGGCCGCGCGCCGGGGGCGCCGCCGGGUGCCUGCCGUCGUGGCCACCGCCACGCCGACAGCGGCUCCGGCUACGCCUCAGCCACCGGCCUCGCUGACAGAGGGGGCGGAGACAUCGAGGCUGGAGCCGCGGGUGGAGCGGCGGGAGGGGGGUUACUGGGUCCUGAAGGAGAAGUUCCGGCAGGGCAUCAACCCGCAGGAGAAGGUGAAACUGGAGAAGGAGCCCAUGUCUCUGUUCAUGGAGGGCGGUAUCCGCGACCUCGCCGCCACCCCGCUGGAGGACAUUGAGGCCUCAAAGCUCUCCAAGGACGACAUCGACGUGCGCCUCAAGUGGCUCGGCCUCUUCCACCGCCGCAAGCAGCAGUGUAAGGCCCUCGCUCUCUACCUCUGCUGACCGAUUAAUUCUCCCGUAUCUGGAGCCAUCUCCCGAGCUUCGACGUUGACCUUUCAGAUGGGCGGUUCAUGAUGAGGCUGAAGCUUCCCAAUGGGGUGACGACCAGCGAGCAGAUCCGCUAUUUGGCGGGAGUCAUAGAGGCAUACGGAGAGGAGGGCUGCGGGGACGUAACCACGCGGCAGAACUGGCAGAUCCGGGGAGUGCAGCUGCCCGACGUGCCGGGGAUCCUCGACGGGCUUGCCGGCGUCGGCCUCAGCAGCCUCCAGAGCGGCAUGGACAACGUCCGCAACGCCGUCGGCAAUCCGCUUGCUGGCUUCGACCCACAUGAGAUUGUCGACACCCGCCCCUACGCCAACCUCCUCUCGCAGUUCAUCACCGGCAACGACCGGGGAAACCCCGCCGUCACAAACCUGUGAGUGCCCGCCGUGAGCUCGCCCCCAUCGGACCAAGAAACUGAAGGAGCUGCUCCGCCUGAUUCAAUUCGACUUCCCUAUGUUCUUCGUCGCAGGCCGAGGAAGUGGAAUGCGUGCGUGGUGGGCUCGCAUGACCUGUACGAGCAUCCGCACAUCAACGACCUUGCCUACAUGCCGGCAACCAAGGAGGGGAGGUUCGGCUUCAACCUCCUCGUGGGAGGCUUCAUCAGCCCCAAGCGGUGGGCGGAGGCGGUGCCGCUCGACGCCUGGGUACCCGGGGACGACGUCGUCCCGGUCUGCCGGGCCGUGCUCGAGGCAUACCGUGACCUCGGCACGCGUGGCAACCGGCAGAAGACCCGCAUGAUGUGGCUCAUCGACGAGCUCGGGAUAGAGGCCUUCCGCGCGGAGGUGGAGAGGCGGAUGCCGCAGGGAGUGCUCCUGCGGGCGGCCUCGCCGGCGGAGGAGCUAGUGAACAAGGACUGGCUCCGGCGGGACUACCUCGGCGUGCACCCGCAGAAGCAACAGGGCCUCUGCUUCGUGGGCCUGCACGUGCCAGUAGGCCGCGUCCAGGCCGCGGACAUGUUCGAACUGGCGAGGAUCGCCGACGAGUAUGGCACCGGCGAGCUGCGGCUGACGGUGGAGCAGAACGUGGUGAUCCCGAACGUGCCGGAUGGGAGGGUCGCGGCUAUGCUGGAAGAGCCACUCCUGCGGGAGAGGUUCUCACCCGAGCCGAGCGCACUGAUGAGAGGGCUAGUGGCAUGCACGGGGAACCAGUUCUGCGGUCAGGCCAUCAUCGAGACGAAGGCGAGGGCGAUGCGGGUGGCGGAGGAGGCGGAGAGAAGGGUGUCACUCCCCGCGGGGAAGAGUGUGAGGAUGCACUGGACGGGCUGCCCCAACAGCUGCGCACAGGUGCAGGUGGCGGAUAUCGGCUUCAUGGGGUGCAUGGCCAGGGACUCCGCCGGGAAGGUGUGCGAGGCGGUCGACAUCUACCUGGGUGGCCGGGUGGGAAGCGACUCUCACCUGGGGAGCGUCCACAAGAAAGGAGUGCCCUGCAAGGACCUAGUCCCCGUCCUUGUGGAUAUCCUGGUGGAGCACUUCGGAGCGGUUCCUCGGGAGAGGGAGGAGGACUAG